AUGGCCGUCCAGGCUGGCAUCCAGGUGUGUGAGAAGUUUGUGGCCCCGCUCCUGAACCCGAGUCCACACUCCCCACGGCCCCAGAGGCACGGUCCAGGCUUGGCAGAUGUGUUCCAGUACGACCAGUGGCUCGCAGUCCGACAUGAGGCCACUCUGCUCCCCAUGCAAGAGGACCUAGCCAUCUGGCUCACCGGAAUGCUGGGGGAACACGUGAGAGUGGAGUUGUUCAUGGAGGAGCUAAACAGCGGAGUGAAGCUGUGCAAACUGGUCCGAGUGCUGCAGACCAAAGUGGCCGAAAGCUGCCCCUCCGCUCUCGCCAAGUUGUUUCCAACAAAAGUGGCCUGCAAAACCAACGCCUCCCCCGGGUCGUUCUUCGCCCGUGACAACACUGCCAACUUCCUGUCUUGGUGCCGAACUAUUGGAGUAGAAGAAACCUACCUUUUCGAGUCGGAGGGACUGGUGCUGCACAAAGAGCCACGUCAAGUUUGCCUUUGUCUGCUAGAAAUCGGACGGAUCCUGCUCAAGUACGGAGUGGAGCCCCCGGUGCUGGUGAAGCUGGAGAAGGAGAUCGAGUUGGAGGAGACGCUCCUUUUGGCAGAGGAGCCGCCUCCUGCUGUGAAAACCUUCAGUGUGUGCUGCCAACAUGGAGGCCUGUACCAGCCUGAGGAGGCUGGCAUGGAUGAACCUCCCUGUAACUGCGCCAACAGAGUUUCCAUUGAGUACCUUUCCGAAGGCCGCUACAGACUAGGAGACAAAACCAUCUUCAUCAGAAUGCUGCACGGUAAACAUGUGAUGGUGCGUGUCGGCGGCGGGUGGGAUACUCUACGCGGGUUCCUCAUGAAGUACGACCCCCAGCGCGUCCUCCAGUUCACCACUCUGGAGCAGAAGAUCCUGGCGUUCCAGAAAGGCCCGCCCGGUUUGGGACACAAUCACAACCACCACCACACCGGGCCCCCUGCUGCGCCGCCACCUCCGCCUGAGAUGGAUCCCCUGGCUGCUGUCAACGACCUCAUGUCCUCCAGCUCCUCCUCUUCCUCUGCGUCGUCCUCCUCUUCCUCUACUGCCCCCUGUAAGCCCCCACAGACGUGCAGGUCCUACGCAAACUCCCCCGCGUGUACCCCCACUUUACCAAGGAAGAACAUGGCCCCCGCUUCCAAACGAGUUCUCCAAAUGGCCCCAAAAAAGCCGACUCAGCUCCCGCUUCCGAUCACCAAAAACGCGUCGUCUUCAUUGCCGUCGACACCGAAGCAGACCCCGAGCCCGAGCGGUGCGGUCCAGCGUAGAGCCAUGACGCCAUCUCCUGUGCUUUCCAAUACUGCGUCCAGACUUAAGAACAGGGCUAAUCCUCGACCUGGCGCGCAACCGAGGAGCCCGGUCUGCCCCGAACCGUCCUCUAAAUGUCCCAAACCGUCGAGCCCGCUGACUUCUCCAACAGGCAUCCCGCUGCCACGCCCUGCCACAGCCCCUGCUAAUGCUAACAGCGCUACGGCUAAACCUCCCACAGGCGCUAGUCAACGUUCCCGUUUAGCCCAGCGCCGUCCCGGCUCUCCAGCCUCACGUCUCCGUUUAGAAGCUGCGAGACGAGUCCGUGCUGCACACAAUCGGACCCCUACCCCCAGUUCCAGCGCCAGUUCUAGAGCGCCAUCGCCGGCUCUUAGUAGCUCCAGUAAAACAAGUGAAUACCAGGCUAAAGCUAAAGAGCCCAAGCAGAGCAAGCUAACGGCUAACGCGGCACAAGCUAAAGCUGUUGCUAGUUCGCACAUCCCCACUCCAGUUCAAGGGCGGGUCCCUGUUACUGGCGACACUUGUUCCAAAUUGGGUCAAAAAAACACAGCAGAGGUGAAGUUGGCACCGAAAGCACAAGCUAACACUAAUGCUAGCAAUAACACACACAAGUCAACCAUUCCUAAAGCCAUCAAGACGGACGCGAACGAAAUAAAAAAACACACUCAGAGUAAAUCCAAAACAGAGGAGCCCUAUUUUGAAAUGAACUCUAAAAGAAAACAAAGAAAAUAA